UCCCUUCCUUCACCCUCUAUUUAAGUGGAGUCCCAAUCCAAUUAGGAGUAGAAUUCGGACUUCUCUCUCUCUCUCUCUCUCUCUCUCUCCAGUAGUACUAGGAUAAAAAUGGAACCCCGUUACCUUCCUCAAGUCAUCCCACAAAGCCAUAACUGAACUCUCUGAGCCACCAUUUUUUCUCUUAUCUAAAAAUGGACAUCUAAAUUUUUCAUUCCUCCAUGAAUGCCUAUACAAUAGCUCAGGUCUUGGCUUAAGACAAGAUAAGCUUUUGCUCAAAUUUCAAAGAUUUGGGAAAAAUGGAGAACCCAAGCAUUGUUAGAAAUGGAGGAAUUAAACUGCCCAUCGGAUAUCGAUUCCGCCCCACCGAUGAAGAGCUCAUCGUUCAUUACCUCACCCGAAAGGUCCAAUCUAUUCCAUUUCCCGCCCAAGUCAUCCCCGAGCUCAACGUUUUCCAAACCAAUCCCCUCCACUUGCCUGGUGAUUCGACGGAGAAGAGGUUUUUCUUCUGGAAAAGGAAAGGGAAAUGGAAAAAAACUAGGGGAAUGACAGAGUCAGGUUAUUGGAAGCCUAUGGGUAAAGAAAAACAUGUUGUGAGUUAUGAAAGCAAUCGAGCAAUUGGGGUAAAGAAAUCAUAUGUUUUCUAUGAAGGCGGGAAGCGUCCCCGUGGGUUGAGAACUCAAUGGGUAAUGCGCGAGUAUCGGCUAUUGGGGUCUCAAACAAGACCCAAUUCCGGUCUUCAGAAAUUUGUGAGGGAAAUGGAAGAUUGGGUUGUUUGCAAGAUUUAUCAAAAGAAAAGGACAUCCAAAAAGAAUGUUGUCGAAACUGAUAUGAAUUCUUCUAAAAGCAACAAGAUUUGGAGUGCGAGGGAGAUUAGUCCUAUUGUUAUGGAUGUGGUGAUGGUAGGGAGCAAUGAUGACUUGGGGCCUCCUCAACCAUCGUCUUCAUCAUGUUCAAGUGGGGUCUCUUUUUGCAAAGGAGAACCACCAGAAGAAGAAAUUACUAGUGCCUACAACAUUAGCAGUUUCUUUGCGUAAUUACUAAUUACUUGGUUGUAUGAUACUAGUGCCUACAACUUGUAUGAGAAGACCUGAACUACACAUGCAUCUUUCUUUGAGGGUCUUAUGUUCUGUCAGAAAUUUACGAGAAUGUCGAUGGAAAUGUGAUGUCGCAUUUUCUUUUCCCA